UUCGUUCAAUUGUCGACGAUCGAUGAUCACAUCACUAAGAAGAGCAAAGGAUAUGGUUUCUAGUUUUGAAGAGUUGGGACUUGGACAAUGGAUUGUAGAAACUUGUAAAGCAUUGAAUAUUAUGAAACCAACACCUUGCCAAGUAGCUUGUAUUCCACAAACGUUGAAUGGCAAGGACAUCAUUGGGUCCUCUGAGACAGGAACGGGUAAAACCAUGUCAUUUGUAUUGCCCAUCGUCGAUAAGCUUAGUGUGGAUCCUUGUGGCGUUUUUGCCAUAGUUCUAACUCCAACAAGAGAGUUAGCUUUUCAGAUAUAUGACCAGUUCAAAGCUAUAGGUAACCCUAUGUCUAUUAGAGUUGCUGUAGUGGUUGGCGGCCUGGAAUCGAUACGACAAGCUACGGAGUUGGAGAAUAGACCACAUGUUGUGGUAGCAACUCCCGGCAGACUAGCAGAUUUAUUUACAAUCGAGGAUAGUGUUGAAAGAUUCCAUUUGCAUUCCAUACGAUUUCUUGUGUUGGAUGAAGCUGAUCGUUUAUUAGAGGACGGCUUUGCCUCGUCUCUCUCUACAAUUCUAGAUGUCUUACCUGUAAAUAGACAAACUUUGGUUUAUUCUGCAACAAUGAACGACAAAAUGGAACAACUUUCAAAAACUUGUCGAAGCGAAUGUUUUAUAUACACAAGUUCCUCUUCGAGAUACUCGCAAGUUAGGGAAUUGGAACAAUUCUACUUGUUGAUACCUUUUCAGAUGAAAACUUGCUAUCUAGCUUAUUUACUUUUGUAUGGAUUUCCUUCAUUUUCGUGCAUAAUAUUCACUGGUUCUUGUAAAAGAUGUCAACAUCUUUUUCUGACGUUGGAAUAUCUUGGUUUGAAUGUUGGAGUGCUUCAUUCGAAGAUGAAACAAAUGGAACGAUUAAAGGCCAUACAUAACAUUCAAAGAGGAACAAUCAGAAUACUUAUUUGUACUGAUGUUGCCAGUCGUGGAUUAGAUAUACCACAAGUUGAACUUGUUGUGAAUUAUCAUAUUCCAUCCAAGCCAAGCACCUAUAUACAUCGUGUAGGGAGAACUGCAAGAGCCGGUAAUCGAGGCAAGGCAAUUAGUCUUGUCUCACAGUUUGAAGUAGAAAUAUUUCGUAACAUAGAACGAAGACUUGAACGUGAACUUGUAGAAUUUGGUCAUUGCAAAGAAAAGGAAGUUUUGAAAAUAUUAACUGAUGUUCUAAAAGCAGAAAGAAAGGCGAAAUUGAAAAUGUUGGGUAUGAAAGUCUAGUUUGAAAGGUAUUCCUUUCUUGAAAUGAUAAAGUAACGAGUGAAUAC